UUUUUAUAGGGAAGUACAAACUUUAUAUUGCCGCCAAAGCAAUGUAAAGAUAACAAGUUUUAAUUUUUUUUUGUUUUAUGUUUAUAUUUUAAAUUUAAGAAAUUAAUUAGUGUUUAUAAUGAUUAUACCCGAUGAAGUUGUUUGCAAAACAUGUGAAAAAGUCUUUUGCUGUUCUGAAUGUCGAGAGAAACAUGAACACAAGACUCAUGCCUCUGUCAUGCAAUCUGUCGAACCCAUUUUGUAUAUGUUUUGUCCGAUUUGUGAGAAAAAACCACUAGUUCUUCAUGAUGAGUUAAUGCAGCCCGAUUUGCUUAGUCAUAUUGCUGAUAAACAUUUACCCUUAAAUUGUCGAAAAUGCUCAAGACUCUACACAAAAAUUGGGGACUUUCUUAAUUUCUCAAAAUGCAUGCAAAAUAAUAUCUCAUGCAAUUUGGAAGUUGCAAUAGUCAGCAGCUCAUCUCAAUUAACCGAAGAACCUACUCAGCAACCUCUUAAAAGCUUUGCUUCAAGUGUUUCCACACAAACUUCACCCUUCCGAGUUGCAGAUAUCAAUGAUAGUCAUUUAACUCCUAUAUCUAUGAUAAAUUUACGUUGGAAAGCAAAGAGUAAAAUUACUGAGGAAUUCAUAAGCGAUAGUGUAUCGUCAAUUAAGAAUAUCUCAUCGAUAAAUAAUUCUUCAUUGCGAAAGAGUAUUGGCCUCGGAGGAGGACCUUUGACAAAAGGAAAACUUGUUCGAUCGACUUCGACUCCAUUGCAGGCUGAAAUUUUCGCUAAACCAAAGGAACAAGCAUUUAAUAUUUCUGGAGGGCAUAUGUCCAGUAUUCAUCAUUCAGUUAGUGAAUCUGAAAUAAGUCCGCAGUUGGCACCGCAAGUUAGGCCUGUGGAACCAUUAAGUCGUUACCAAAAACCACGAGCCCGUGGUAAGAUAUCAGCAGCAGUUACUCCACUACGCCAGGUCAUGUCAAAGAGUAUCCAAAAGGCAAUUGCUGAACAUGGAAUAGCAGCCGAAAAUCGAGGCUUUGGAUAUAAUCGAAAGAAAAUAUUCGAAUCCAUCGAUAGUAGUAAUGAAAUGUUAGAAAAAUCUAUAGAGAACCUGCCAUUAGAUUUGCGGCUCUCUCCAGCCGUUCGUCGCACCCAAAGUGAAAUCAUAGAUCGUCAAAGUCAAAUGGAAUUUCUCCAUUCAAUUGGUAAAGCUCCUCUAGGCAUGCAAAUACUUCUUUCGUCCACAAAAAAGACAGAGAGAACCGAAUCAAUAGUUAUAACUUCAUCAAGCACAGCCGAAUCUGUAACUGAAAAUGUUAAAAAAACCGACAAUCAGUCGGCGGCAACAUCAUCGGGUGGUUCUGUUUAUCAAACUUGUCGAAGUGUUGAGAUCAUAACUUCGACAUCAACUGAGCUUAGUCAAGUGAAUAUAAAAGAAAAUGAAGUUAUUUAUCAGAAUGACGCUCUAAGUGUUCCACCUAUAACUCCACGAAUUCCAACAUCAAGAGUAUUGACAAAUAAAAAAAAUAUCAAAUUCGAGACUCCAGUGGUAGCCGAUAAGAUAGUAAAGUCUGAAAAACAAUCACCGGAUGAAUUAUUUUUCACACCAUCGUCGACGCCUAUUCGAACUUCGAAAAUCAAGAAAAACUCUCUCCAAGAUAGUAAUUCCCAUAGCCAAUCAAGAAAAUUUUAUAGCAUGGAAGGACAUGAAAAUGAUAAAAUCGAAUCGUCCUCAGAUUACACAGACGUUGGUCUUGAUGAUGAUGAUGACGAUGAUGAAGUUUUUGUAGAAGAGAAAAAACCUGAACGAAGUCGAAGUAGACUUUGGAAUUUAGUAGCUUCUGUUAUUCGUUUGCCAUCUUUAAAUGGAGUUGCAGGUCAAGAAGAUACAAGAUCCAAAGACGAAACAGAAUUGUACGAUAAUUCAACAUCGAUUAUUAGGAGAUGUGCAUCCUUUGCAGGUUCAUUUGGGAGACAAAAAGCAGUUGAUGAAGAUGAGGAAGGAAAAGCUAUUAAACGCAAACGCACCUAUACCAAUGAUUUUAAUUUUUCUAAAGGCAAUCACACUGAUGUCGAUUUUGCAUGCUCUGAUCCUAAAAGGUUUCGUAUUCAUGGACGAAUGCCAAUUCAAAGAAUGCGCUAUUAUUAGAAAUUUCGAAAAAAAAAAAACAAAAAAUGAAUAUUUUAAUUUAUAUCGAACCCAUUGUAUUGUUUAAUAAAUGUUUGUUUUAUUUUUGUGAAAUUGAA